AUGAAGAUUCCAGCCAUGAUGUCUCUCCUACUGGUGUCUGUGGGCCUCAGGGAUGGACUUCAGGUUCAAAGUCACUCCAUCACACAACUAGACAUCUUUUCUCAAGAAACACCCCUGGACAUGGCCCCAGCGUCCUUUGACGACCAGUAUGCUGGCUGUGCAGCAGACAUGGCAGCAGCUCUGCCAGAUCUCAACCACUCAGAGUUCCAGGCCAACAAAGUGUAUGCGGAUGGUUGGACUCUGGCCAACACCCAAUGGCAGGAGCGCACGGCCUGGGGGUCAACGUGGGGCCUCAGCUCAACCCCCUUGCCCCCUCCACCCCCGGGCUUCCGAGAUGAGCACGGGGUGGCGCUCCUGGCCUACACGGCCAACAGCCCCCUGCACAAGGAGUUCAACGCGGCUGUGCGCGAGGCGGGCCGCUCCCGGGCACACUACCUCCACCGCUUCUCCUUCAAGACCCUCCACUUCCUGCUUACCGAGGCCCUGCAGCUGCUCGGGAGCCAGCGAUCUCGCGGGUGCCGGCAGGUGUACAGGGGGGUGCAUGGCCUGCGCUUCCGGCCAGCGGGGCCCGGCGCCACCGUUAGGCUGGGAGGCUUUGCUUCCGCGUCCCUCAAGAACGUUGCCGCCCAGCAAUUUGGCGAGGACACCUUCUUUGGUAUCUGGACCUGCCUCGGAGCCCCGAUCAGGGGUUACUCCUUUUUCCCUGGAGAGGAGGAGGUGCUGAUCCCCCCUUUUGAGACUUUCCAGGUGAUCAACUCCAGCCGACCUGCCCAGGGUCCCGCACGCAUCUAUCUCCGCGCUCUGGGCAAACGUAGCACAUACAACUGCGAAUACAUCAAAGAAAAGAAGUGCAGAUCUGGGCCCUGCUGGUUGGAUAGCUCAGCCCCGGGCUUCAUCUCCACCUCCUGUUCGGGCCUGCUAUUGCUCUGGUUCCUUGUGCUGAUGACUCUUCCAGAGAAUACAGGCCUCCUGUGACCUACCAGAUGUUGACUGGCCCUGCCUGAAGAAUGUUGGUCACCUGUGCGCUUUAACUAUAGCAGGAUCCUGGUGAAUCAGUCUAUCUGCGGGGAACUCUGGGACCUUCUAUGGUAAUGACCUUCCAGACCCAUUGCCGGUGGAGACACAGAAGAGAAUUUGGAGACUGAACCUUGCUCAGGGCUGCAGGAGGAGAAUUGACUGGAAGUCAGAGGACUCUGGGACAGGCACAGACUCAUUUGGAGCCAGAAGACUUCAACUCAUUGUGAGUGGGAGAUGAUGGGGGAGAGCACUUGGCCAUGGGACAUGCAGGGUCACUUAAAUGACUCCCAAGUCUACCUGGAAAGUUCUUGUUCACUUUUCUGCCACCUGGCUAGGUUAGAGUACUUGCCUCUCUCUCCGUUUCCAUUGGUCCCUGAGUAUUUCCCAGGUCAGGCUGUGAACCUCUUAUGGGUAAGGACUGGGAAGAAGGCACAAAGAAAGUGCCAGAAGCUGUAUGACAGCGAGAAAGCAACCAAUCCUGUGAGUGGUGAUCCCUGCACUACGCUCACCUGGGCCACUUUUAAGAUCUCUAAUGUCAGUGUGUGAGAACAGGGUGGCUGUGUCUAGCUAUAAGGAUGGACAGCAGGAGAAAGUUUUAGGCCCUCUUUCAGGGUCCUGUGAAAGGCCGAUUUUUUUUUUUCUGCUAUUGUUACCGGAAAGGUAAUUUCUAGGCUGGCGGAAAAAAAAGGGUACUUGUCACUAAACCUGAUAACUUGAGUUUGAUCCCUGGGUCCCAUAUAGCAGAG